AUGGCAGUUACACAUGCCGACCUUGAACCAAAAAGAAGCAAAACAGAUUUGAGUAGCAAGACAUCAGCUUUUCUUAUGGUUGUCACAAUUCUAUUAGGCUUAUUAUGUUUCAUUUUAUGUCUAAUAGCUGAAGCCACGCGUUCUGAGGUGACAUGGAUGAAUAGAGACGGAAAAGAAAACGGAAAUAAAUCCGAAUGUGUUUACAAUAGUAAUGGCAAAGUUCCUUUGUUAUGUGCUGCUGCUGCUUUUGUUGGAUUAGCAAUUGCUUUGGUUAUGGAGCAUACUUAUAUGUUAAUAGCAGUGAGUAAAUCAUCACCUUCUUUACUUAAUUGGGAUCCUGAUUCUCCUUCUGCUAAAUCCUUAACAUGGUUGGCUGGUUUUUUCUUCAUCACAACUUGGAUUUGCUUUGCGGUCGCGGAGGUUUUACUAUUAGCAGGACUAAGUGUAGAAUCAGGCCAUUUAAAAAACUGGACCAAGCCAAGAACAGGUUGCUACACCAUAAGAGAAGGUUUGUUCUCAGCCGCGGGAGUGUUUGGUUUAACAACAGUUUUCUUAGCUGCUGGUUUAUACCUAACAGCGCUUCGCGCACAAAGAAUCUCUGAAGAGUUAGCAAGUGUUAGAAGAGAGGUUCUAGAAGCUUCUACUUUCUAUGCUUCUCCACCAAGAUCACCUCAAAGGCAUAAUAUCACAACUGUUGCAAGAGAGAAUCCUACAAUAAUAGAGAGUCAAAAUGAUGAUCUAUUGUUAUCAGUAUUUCCAACUCCUUUUAACAAAAGUUAUAACUUUGUAUGA